AUGUUUGCGAGUUUUUUGCAACGAUUAGUUGCGAUUCGCCUUGCCUCUGUUACAGAAAUGAUAUCGCCUUCGCUAGUUACAAAAUUUGAUCGACGAUCUUUUUCUCGCGAGCAAAAAAAAUUGCUCAAAGCUCAACAAAAAUUGAAAGAAAAGCAAGAAAGGGAAGCUGUUCGAAGUACGACUGCGGAUGAGCCUGAAAAACAGAAAAAUAAUGAUAAAACUGAUCCAUCUGAUCCGCAGGAAUAUUUCAACAUGCGACUUUCCAUGAUCAAUAAAAGACGAAAAAAUGGUGAAAAUCCAUUUCCGCACAAGUUUCAAGUGACAGUAUCGCUAGCAGAUUUCGUUAAAAAAUACGAUCAUAUAGAAAAUGGCACAGUACUUGUAGAUACUAUUGUUAAUAUUGCAGGUCGCAUAUUUUCGAAGCGAGAGUCAGGUGGAAAACUAAUUUUUUAUGAUCUUCACGGCGAAGGCUUGCGAUUACAAAUUUUGGCUAAUGCUAGAUAUCACAAUGGACAAGAAUCAUUUAGUGAUGUUCAUGACCGAAUAAGACGUGGAGAUAUUGUUGGUGUUCGUGGACAUCCAGCUCGAUCAAAAAAUGGUGAACUUAGUAUUACUCCGGUUGAGGUCGUUCAAUUAACACCUUGCAUGCAUAUGCUUCCUCACACUCAUUAUGGCUUAAAAAAUCAAGAAACGAGAUAUCGCAUGCGAUAUUUGGACCUAAUAAUGAAUCCUCCUAUCAAAGAAAAGUUCGUCAUUCGUGCAAAAAUAAUUACUUUCUUGCGGCAAUAUUUAGAUAACCUUGGAUUCUUGGAAGUUGAGACUCCUCUUAUGAAUCAGAUCGCUGGUGGCGCAAAUGCUAAACCUUUCAUUACUUAUCACAAUGAGCUUGAUAUGAAGCUUUUUUUACGAGUAGCUCCAGAACUUUACCAUAAGAUGCUAGUCGUGGGUGGUAUCGAUCGAGUCUACGAAAUUGGUCGCUCGUUUAGAAAUGAAGGAAUCGACUUGACUCACAAUCCAGAAUUUACGACUGUUGAAUUUUACAUUGCUUAUGCGGAUUACGAAGAUUUGAUGAAAUUACUGGAAGACAUGUUCUCAAGUAUAUUCAUUUAUUUGCUGGGAGUUUAUUUGCAAGUGUGCUUUAUAAAAAAAAAAAUGGUACAUGCAGUUUAUGGUACCUAUAAAAUCCCAUAUAACCCAAACGGUCUUGGUGAAGAACCGGUUUACGAGGUCGAUUUUACGCCUCCCUUCAAAAGAGUUUACAUGUAUGAUGAUCUGCAAAAAAUUCUGGGAGUUCAGUUUCCUUUGCCUGAUGACUUAGAAACUGCAGAGGCAAACGCUUUCUUCAGUAAUCUCGCUAUUGAAAAAGACGUUGCAUGUCCUGAACCAAGGACGACUGCAAGGCUAAUCGAUAAAGUUUCUUAUUUUAUUAAUGAAAUGAGCAAUUUUAUUUCACCGACAUUCUUAAUUGGACAUCCUCAAGUGAUGUCCCCGUUAGCAAAGUGGCAUCGGUCGAUUCCUGGAUUAACUGAACGUUUCGAAUUAUUUGGUGUCACUAAAGAAUUAGCGAAUGGUUAUACCGAAUUAAAUGAUCCAAUUACUCAGCGAUCAAGAUUUGAACAACAAGCUAAGGAUAAACAAGCUGGAGACGAUGAAGCUCAGCCUAUUGAUGAAAACUUUUGUACUGCUCUUGAAUAUGGAUUGCCUCCAACAGCUGGUUGUGGUAUUGGUAUUGAUCGUUUGACUAUGCUGCUUACUAAUAGCACUAAUAUUAAGGAAGUGAUGUUUUUCCCAGCAAUGCGACCUGAUGAACAGAAAAGUGUCCACCAGGGAUUUGUUGACAUGGAAAAAACAGAUAAGAAAUCAUAA